UUGCUCUUGGCACAGAAGAGGAGGAGGAGGAGGAAGGCCCACUUUUUUGCAACCAGCACCACCACCUUCAUGGCUUCCAGGCUGUUGCUGCGGCGUGCCUCCUUCUUCCAAAGAGCCCUUCUCCUGGGCCGAAACCCUGCACCCUCUUCUUCCCUCCGGCCUUGGAGCUCUGGCGGAAUCCCUACUGAUGAAGAGCAAGCUACUGGGCUUGAAAGGAAAACUCUGCAAGCCAUGAAGAGAGGAGAAGAUCCAUACAGCAUAUUCAAACCCAAGAGAAACUCAGGAACCAGAGAAGAUCCUCACAUUGUUCCAUCAAUUGGGGACAAGAGGCUUGUAGGUUGUAUCUGUGAGGAAGAUAACUCUGCCAUUAUUUGGUUCUGGGUACACAAAGGAGACAGCCAUCGUUGCCCCCAGUGUGGUGUUUACUACAAGUUAACCCAUCAUGAACUUCCCCACUGAGAAGAUUGAUGCUGAGACAAAAUUCUCUCUGGUUUUCUGCAAGUUGUAGACUUAAUAAAAAUGUCUGCCUGUAACUGCA